UUUACAACACUGCCCAAGUGACAAGUGCCUUCUUUUACAAACGCUCUCCCUCUCGAGCAAACCCUCGAUCUUAGAGAAACCAUGGCGAAGCUCUCGAAACCGCAGCUUUCUUCCGACGAAGCUCUCUCCUCCAAUUCGUCGUCGGAGGAGUUAAACCAGAGCAACGGCGAGGAGGAGGAUGAAGAAGAAAUUGAAGCGGUCGCGCGCUCUGCUGCCUCCGAUGACGAUGAGCCCGCCUUGGCUAACUCUCCUGGUUCCGACGAUGACGAGGCCGCCGCCGAGAACGGCGAUGACGAUGAGGAAGAGGAUGGAGACAAUGUAGCUAAUGCUGAAGUUAGCAAGCGUGAGAAAGCCAGACUCAAAGAAAUGCAGAAAGUAAAGAAACAAAAAGUUCAGGAGAUAUUGGAUGCUCAGAAUGCUGCCAUUGAAGCUGACAUGAACAAUAGGGGCAAAGGACGUUUGAAUUAUCUUCUGCAACAAACAGAGUUAUUUGCUCAUUUUGCUAAAGGUGACCAAUCUUCGUCUCAAAAAAAGACCAAGGGAAGGGGUCGUCAUGCAUCAAAAAUAACUGAAGAGGAAGAGGAUGAAGAAUGCCUCAAGGAAGAAGAAGAUGGUUUAUCUGGUACAGGAACUACAAGACUUUUGACACAGCCUUCUUGUAUCCAGGGAAAAAUGAGAGACUACCAACUUGCUGGACUUAACUGGCUCAUACGACUCUAUGAGAAUGGUAUAAAUGGAAUCCUGGCAGAUGAAAUGGGUCUUGGUAAAACAUUGCAGACCAUUUCCUUGAUGGGCUAUCUGCAUGAGUUUAGGGGAAUUACUGGCCCUCAUAUGGUAGUUGCUCCAAAAUCUACUCUUGGAAAUUGGAUGAAUGAAAUUCGGCGUUUUUGCCCAACUUUGCGGGCUGUGAAGUUUCUUGGAAAUCCUGAUGAAAGGAAACAUAUACGAGAGGACUUGCUGGUUGCUGGGAAGUUUGAUGUAUGUGUAACAAGCUUUGAAAUGGCUAUUAAGGAGAAGACUACCUUACGUCGGUUCAGUUGGCGCUAUAUAAUCAUUGAUGAAGCCCAUCGAAUCAAGAAUGAAAAUUCUCUUCUUUCCAAAACAAUGAGGCUUUAUAAUACAAAUUAUCGCCUUCUAAUUACAGGAACACCGCUUCAGAACAACCUUCAUGAACUCUGGUCUCUCUUGAACUUUCUUCUGCCUGAGAUUUUUAGUUCAGCUGAAACAUUUGAUGAGUGGUUCCAGAUUUCUGGUGAAAAUGACCAACAGGAGGUUGUUCAACAGCUUCACAAGGUUCUCCGACCAUUUCUUCUUCGAAGACUGAAGUCAGAUGUAGAGAAAGGCUUACCCCCCAAAAAGGAAACUAUUCUUAAAGUUGGUAUGUCACAGAUGCAGAAACAGUACUACAGGGCUUUGCUGCAGAAGGAUCUUGAAGUUGUUAAUGCUGGUGGAGAACGUAAGCGACUUUUGAAUAUAGCAAUGCAGCUGCGUAAAUGCUGUAAUCAUCCAUAUCUUUUUCAAGGUGCUGAACCUGGUCCUCCAUACACAACAGGAGAUCAUCUUAUUACAAAUGCUGGUAAAAUGGUUCUUUUGGACAAGUUGCUUCCAAAGCUAAAAGAGCGUGAUUCUAGGGUCUUAAUAUUUUCACAGAUGACAAGGCUCCUAGACAUUCUGGAAGAUUACUUGAUGUUUCGUGGAUACCUGUAUUGUCGAAUUGAUGGGAAUACAGGUGGGGAGGACCGUGAUGCUUCCAUUGAUGCCUUCAAUAAGCCUGGAAGUGAGAAAUUUGUUUUUUUGCUAUCAACACGAGCUGGAGGCCUUGGUAUUAAUCUUGCCACGGCCGAUGUUGUCAUUCUUUAUGACAGUGAUUGGAACCCACAAGUAGAUUUGCAAGCUCAGGAUCGUGCUCACAGGAUUGGUCAAAAGAAAGAAGUUCAAGUGUUUAGAUUCUGCACAGAGUAUACUAUUGAGGAGAAAGUCAUUGAGAGGGCUUACAAGAAGCUUGCGCUGGAUGCUUUGGUUAUCCAACAGGGACGUCUAGCAGAGCAAAAAACUGUUAACAAGGAUGAGCUGCUUCAAAUGGUGAGGUUUGGUGCUGAAAUGGUUUUCAGUUCCAAAGAUAGUACAAUUACAGAUGAAGACAUAGAUAGGAUUAUUGCAAAAGGAGAAGAGGCAACAGCUGAGCUUGAUGCAAAGAUGAAGAAAUUUACUGAAGAUGCUAUCAAGUUUAAAAUGGAUGAUACUGCUGAAUUAUAUGAUUUUGAUGAUGAGAAGGAUGAGAACAAGUUAGACUUUAAAAAAAUUGUUAGUGACAACUGGAUUGAGCCACCAAAAAGAGAGCGAAAGCGCAAUUAUUCGGAAUCUGAGUAUUUCAAGCAAACAAUGCGUCAAGGUGGUCCUACCAAACCAAAGGAGCCUAGGAUUCCCCGAAUGCCUCAAUUACAUGAUUUUCAGUUUUUUAACACACAAAGAUUGAGUGAGCUAUACGAAAAAGAAGUACGCUACCUAAUGCAAACACAUCAAAAGAAUCAGAUAAAAGAUACAAUAGAUGUUGAAGAACCUGAAGAGGUGGGAGAUCCAUUGACUGCUGAAGAGCUCGAGGAAAAGGAACGACUUCUAGAAGAUGGUUUUUCUUCAUGGAGUAGAAGAGAUUUCAAUACUUUCAUUAGGGCUUGUGAGAAGUAUGGUCGAAAUGACAUAAAAAGCAUUGCUUUGGAAAUGGAGGGAAAAACAGAAGAGGAAGUUGAAAGAUAUGCAAAAGCUUUUAAAGAAAGAUACAAGGAGUUAAAUGAUUAUGAUCGGAUCAUAAAGAACAUUGAAAGAGGUGAAGCAAGGAUUUCUCGUAAAGAUGAAAUUAUGAAAGCUAUUGGAAAGAAGCUGGAUCGCUACAAGAAUCCAUGGCUGGAAUUGAAAAUCCAGUAUGGUCAGAACAAGGGGAAGUUGUACAAUGAAGAAUGCGACCGAUUCAUGAUCUGUAUGGUGCACAAACUUGGCUAUGGGAACUGGGAUGAGUUGAAGGCAGCAUUUCGCACUUCACCGUUGUUUCGUUUUGAUUGGUUUGUUAAGUCUCGCACAACACAGGAGCUCGCAAGGAGGUGUGAUACAUUAAUUCGAUUGGUGGAGAAAGAAAACCAAGAAUAUGAUGAGAGAGAGAGGCAAGCACGCAAAGAGAAGAAGCUUGCUAAGAACAUGACCCCAUCCAAGCGAGCCCUGUCUAGGCAGGCAACUGAGAGCAGCCCUAGCUCACUGAAGAAGAGGAAGCAGUUAACCAUGGACGAUUAUGUUAGUUCGGGUAAGAGAAGGAAAUGAUAUAAUACUAAAACUGAAAGUUAGGAUUAUUUUGGGAGGUUUUGAAGCCUCAGAAAUUUUAGAUAUCAGUGGACUUGACAUGUGCAUGCUGAGUAGAUCCUGAGUUUGCAUGUUAGUAAAUGUCAGCUGGUAUUCAAAUUGAUUUAAUUAGAGUUCCCAAUUUCGUAUUAUAAUCUCAUUCAUGGAGACUAUAGUACAAUUUAUGUUUCGGGAAGCUGUAUAAAUGAAUCUUCUACUAUUUAGAUACUUCUGAACUACCCCAUCGUUUUGUUCUCAGAUUGUUAACUAUAUAUUAGUGGAUUAACUACUUGAGACGA